AUGUUAUCUGUAGAGCUUGUGUGCCAGAGUGGGUGUAAAAUGACAUGGGAGUCACAACCUGUUGUAAAAAGGAAACCUCUAGGAAAUUUAUUACUGGCAGCAUCCAUUCUUUUUACAGGUAAUAACUUUGCUGCCAUAAGUCGUCUGGCAUCAUGUUUUAACCUGCAAUUUUUCAGUGAAAGUGUCUUUUAUGACACCCAGCGUAAAUACCUGUUCCCUGUGGUGAAUGAGGCAUGGGAAGCAGAGAGUCAACGGCAGGUAGACAGACUGACUUCCAAGGAAGUUGUAAAUCUCGAUGGUGAUGGCAGGUGUGACAGCCCUGGCCACAGUGCCAAAUAUGGCACCUACACUUUAAUGGAUGAGGACUCUGGAGAUGUGGUUGCAUUCAAUGUUGUCCAGGUCUCAGAAGUCAGCUCAUCAAAUGCCAUGGAGAAAGACUGGUAAAAUUGAGGUGUACCAUUCAAUGAUGCUGAAGUAUGCCUCCAAACGCGAGCAUUAUUCUUACCAGGGCAUGGUAGCUAGGACCCAGCUAGCCGCUCUAGACAACAAUGCUAACACUGGCCGUAGUCAAGCUGUGAUAAAGUCAGGUGAACGGGCAGGUGAGGCAUGA